AAAAGGUUGUUCUGCAACCUUUAUACGAUUCGGAACGCUACAUUUCAUUAACAAAAUGGCAGCUGGUAAAGCUAAGACAAAGACUGAGCUGUCGCAGGAACAGAUAAUUACUAAGUUUAACCAAAUGCGUCAAGAACAACGAAUUAUUGUAAAUAAAAUUGGAGAACUUGAAGCUGAAAUUAGUGAGCAUAGCGUGGUUAUUGAAACAUUGAAAAAUGUAGAUGAAUCUCGUAAAUGUUUUCGAAUGGUAGGAGGUAUACUCUCGGAACGCACAGUUAAGGAAGUUCUUCCAGCUUUACAAAAUAAUAAAAGCCAGAUACAGCAAGUGAUUGAGAAAUUGAACUCUCAGCUCCACGAAAAAGGAGAAGAACUAAAUAAAUAUCGAUCAGAACAUAAUAUCGUUGUUAGGGGCGAAAAAGAAAAAGAAAACAGCAAUCCAAAUGCACAGAGCAGUUUUUCGGGUGUUUUGGUUACGCAAAAAGAUACUUAAACGCGUAAUAAAAAAAAUUUUAAUGUCAAGGACUUUUUGUGAACUACACUCUUUGUAAUAA